GCAACAACUUUCGCAUGUGUGGAAAAUACCCUCCCAUUUUCGGCAACGCAACCAAGCAACUCAUCGCUCCAUCAUCCAUUCAUCUCCACUGCUUUAUCUUUAAUCAAAACCAAAACCAGAACCAGAGAGAGAGAGAGAGGGGUAGCAAAUCAAUAGGAAUAGGAAGAAACAAACACCUACAAGCUCGAUCUAUUCUAGAACCUGCAGAGAGACCUUGCAACUAGCUAGUGCCUAUUAAGCUUGGAAUUAGAUAGAUCGAUAGAUCGAUCAUGGCUAGAGGAAAGAUCCAGAUCAAGAGGAUAGAGAACACCACUAACCGUCAGGUAACAUACUCGAAACGACGGAACGGGCUUUUCAAGAAGGCAAACGAGCUCACCGUUCUGUGCGAUGCCAAAGUUUCCAUUAUCAUGUUCUCCAGCACUGGCAAGCUUCACGAGUAUAUUAGCCCCUCCACCUCAACAAAGCAGUUCUUCGAUCAGUAUCAGAUGACUGUAGGAGUUGAUCUAUGGAGCUCUCAUUAUGAGAAUAUGCAAGAGAACUUGAAGAAACUGAAGGAGGUGAAUAGGAAUCUUCGUAAGGAGAUUAGGCAGAGGGUGGGGGAUUGUCUGAAUGAUCUGAGCAUGGAUGAACUCAGGCUUCUUGAGCAAGAAAUGGACAACGCCGCCAAGGCUGUUCGUGAGCGUAAGUAUAAGGUGAUAACAAAUCAGAUUGACACCCAAAGGAAGAAGUUUAAUAACGAAAGAGAGGUGCACAAUAGACUCCUCCGUGACCUGGAUGCAAGAGCGGAAAAUCCACCCUAUGAAUUGAUGGACAAUGGAGGGGAGUACGAAUCUGUGAUUGGAUUCUCAAAUUUAGGUCCACGCAUGUUUGCAUUGAGCUUACAACCUAGUCAUCCUAAUGUUCAUAAUAGCGGAGGAGGAGCAGGCUCUGACCUUACCACUUACCCCUUACUUUUCUAGUAAGCAAAGCAAACAUUCAAGCUCUCUUACAAAUACCACAUCACUUUUCAAUAAAAUUACUAUGUACUACUUCAAACAAAUAUGCAGUUUGUAUGUAUCCAUAGACACUACCAGACGCACAUGUGAGUUAAAUUGCAACUGGUGAACUAUUAUCUGUAUGUUGUUUUGCCUGAUCAUACCACAAAAAAAUUUGAUGCGAUGCUUCCUUUUGUUCAGAA